AUGGAUAUACACGCCUUGACCAUAGAUCAUGGGUAUAGAAAAGAGUCUUCGGAGGAGGCAAAGUUGGUUGGUCAAAAAGUCCGUCAAUGGGGCGUCAAACAUCAUAUUGAAAAGCUUAGCUAUGACCGUCCGUUGAGUACCAUCACCAACUUUGAGGAAGUUGCAAGGAACCUCAGAUACAAAGCAUUACAAGAAUUCUGCUUCAAGAUAGACACAAGCGCUCUUUUUGUAGCGCACACAUUGGAUGAUCAAAUUGAAACGUUCUUGCAAAGGCUACAGAUGAAUUCAACCAUAUACGGGCUCAAUGGCCUCAAACUGCGAUCUCCAAUACCCGUUAAACCGGCAGGUCCGAGGAAUUCGAUUGCUCCAAUUGAGCUUCUACGACCUCUUUUGAUUCUUGAUAAGAAACAAAUAACGAGCUACUGCAGGGAUAAUCAGAUAGAAUGGUUCGAAGACUCCACAAAUGCAGACCCCACAGUAACAAAGCGCAACUGGCUCAGGUUCAUGAUAUCUGAGUACGUUCCUAAGACGGGUGCGUCAAGCCAUAUCAUCUCUCGUGACGAAAUUCUCAGGAGUAUACACGAGGUUGAUCAAGUAAGGAGGUCAUUUGAAAAGUGCAUAGCCAGACUUGAUGAUUAUGUGAAAAAGUACGGUCUCUUUCGAUUUGACCAGAGCAAGGCUACUAUGAAUUUCACCAUCGAGUCGCUGUUUUGGUGCAAGCUUAAUGACUCUAUUUCCGCAAGAUGGCUCUAUGACAUAAUGUAUCCAUUAUCCUCUUCAGAGAACUUCCAUUGGUCAUAUGCGAAGAUUGAGCGUCAAGCGAUUCCUCGAAUUGAUCGGUUUAUUGGAGAUGAUACUCAAAAGAAAACUACAUUGACAUAUCUCAAUGUGAAGAUCGACAUUCUUAAAGAACCUUGUGGCAUGAUUAACUUUCGUCUUCUGAGACAGCCAGCUGAACGAGAGAGAAGACAGUCUACGACUCACCUCAGACUAAAGGAGACUUUCCUGGAAUGGGUACUUGUCAACAAUAUUUGGUGGCUUCGUCUUAAAGAUGAUUUUAAAAGGGAGGCAAGAAUACAGCUCUACAACUCUGCUAUGAAAAAAGAUUCUAUGUCGUUCAUCAACUUGCACGAUAGGAGUCAGCUGGCGGCACAGACACCUAAAUUUACUGGAGGCCACACUGGUACUCCAAGAAACAGAAAUAGAACGAAGAAUGUCAACCUACUGACACAACUCUUCAAGCUAGCCCAUCAGAGAGUGAGUCUCGAUGUGGAUAUUGCGCAUCAAAGAAUCAAUGGUUUUACGGAGCUUACUUUAAUCCCAACCAGCAAUCAGCUCCGAGCCAUCAAGCUUGAUGCUAGAGAAUUGACAGUCAAAGAAGUGUAUGUCAACGGCACAAAGUUGGUUAAUUUCAUCCACAAGGACAUGUUGUACAUCAAUGACCCCGAGAAAUUCGACAAUUGUACAGACUCAAGGUCUGUGAACAUAUGGGACUUAUACUCCGAGAAAUUCGAUAUCCAUCAGCACCACCUACUAAGGAAGAAGCUCAACUACAUAUUCGGAGAAUUCGAAGACGACCAGUUUGACCCUAGUGAUCUCGUGGAUCUUGGCAAUACCGAAGAGCUCCUCAUAAGUUUGCCGAACAAUUUCAAGUUCCAAGCGGCUGAUGCAAAUGGAGGCCACACCCCAGCUUCACUGAUACCAACGGGCUUGACGCCACUACUGCGAAAUAAGAACACACAUGGGGAUGCUUACGCACCCAUUCAAAUUGGUAUCGAGUAUGAGCUUCGAAAUCCCAACAAUGGUGUUAACUUUGCAUGUCUCGGCGAGGACAAAAAGCUCUGGCAUGCUUACACGGUAAAUUCUGAGUUUAACGUCUCCACGUCUUCCUGGGUUCCAUGCAUUGAUAAUUUGUGGGAGAAGGGGACUUGGUCGUUUGAACUUACUGUCCCAAGAUCAACAAGAGACAUCGAUAACUUUUCCACUGAUAAUGAAAACGACAAAGACAGUAUGGAUGUGGAUGAAAGCUCUACAACACAGGAAAAGGAGAAUUCUGAAAAAGUCGAGAGCGACGAGGAAGAGGACGAGUCAGAACACUUCGAUCUAUUCGUAUGCACUGGUGAUUCGGCGAACACAAAAGAAACUCCACAUCCGACUGAUGAUUCUAAAAAGAUCGUUUCAUGGUCUAUCUUCAAUCCAAUAAGCGCUCAUCAUGUUGGAUGGGCAGUUGGUCCAUUUGAAAGUACUGAGCUUGCCAACCUUUCGAACACUGUUCAGCAAGGUGCUGAGGAUGAAGAAGAAAUUGAAAAGGAAGAACUUGGUUCUGUCGUUACUCUUUACUAUUUGCCAGGUCAAGAAGACUUGGCCAAAAAUACUUGCAUUUUCGUUCACGAAGCUAUGAACUUCUUCUCGUCUGAGUUUGGCUCUUACCCAUUCAGCACGUACGGUAUCAUAUUUGUGAAAGGUCCGUCUUAUCCAUACAAUAACUUUGCUGGCCUCACUGUCCUAAGCGAUAGACUACUUUAUCCGCAAAAUGUUAUCGAGCCAAUGUUCACACUUACAGAAAACAUCCUUGAGUGCAUUGCAGGACAAUGGUCCGGGAUCAAUAUCGUUCCACAGACUUUCAAUGACCUUUGGUGUACCAUAGGUAUCGCUCGAUUUAUGUCCUUCCAUUUUCUCAAAGACCUUAUGGGCAAUAAUGAGUUCAGAUACAACAUCAAGCAAAAGAUGGAAAAAAUUGCCGAGACCGAUGUCUCCAAACAACCCAUCUCAUUGCCAUAUGUUCGAUUCCCACUUUCAGAGUCAGAUUUGACUUUCGUACGCCUCAAAGCUUCCGUUGUUUUACUCAUAUUGGACAGGCGUAUGACAAAAACUGAUAAACUGUUUGGUCUUGCUCGUGUCUUACCGAAGAUAUUUUUACAGGCUAUGUCUGGAGAUCUUCAAAACGGCUCACUAUCAACACAACAUUUCCAAAGUGUAUGUGAAAAAGUCAAUCGCAAUAGGCUUGAUAAAUUCUUCAAGCAAUGGGUCUUUGGAGUUGGAACUCCCGUCUUCAACAUAACUCAGCGUUUCAACAAAAAGCGGUCCUUGAUUGAAGUUGUUAUUCGUCAGACACAAGUGCAACAACAUCGUUCAAUCAGACCAAACACCGACACAUUCAUGGAGGAAUCAAUGAUGUAUCUUCACGACCAAGAGUUGCCACCCUCACUGAAUACUUUCACAGGUCCCAUGACCAUCAGAGUUCACGAGGCAGAUGGUACGCCGUACGAACACAUUGUGGACAUCAAAGACUCUCUUGUCAAAUUUGAUGUUCAGUAUAACACAAAAGCCAGACGACUGAGAAAGAAUAAGGAAGAAAACGUUGAGACAAACCCUGUUUUUUCAAAGUUGGGAGACAUUCUCCGUAAAGAGAGGGAUAUUAAAGAGUGGGGCUUCGAGGAGUGGCCUAAGCGUGAUGAGGAUCUCGUAGAUCCAUAUGAAUGGAUCCGUGUGGAUACCGACUGUGAAUGGAUUGCCAAGUUUAAUGUGCGUCAGCCAGACUACAUGUUCUGUUCGCAAUUACAGCAAGAUAGAGAUGUGGAGGCCCAAUGUGAUGCGGCUAGAUACUUUGGUGAGCAGGAAAAGCCCAACAAGAUAAUUUGCACUUCUUUAACAAGAACCCUCAUGGACCGCAGAUAUCAUUAUGGUGUUCGGAUUGCUGCAGCACAAGCUCUUGCGAACCUUUCGAGAAAGCAGAACUCUUAUUUUGGCAUGCUGUACUUGCUAAAAGCAUUCAGGAGGCUUUUCUGUUUUGAGAAUAGUUUCAUCCCAACUGGUAACUCAUUUGAAGUGUUCGGAAAGUACUUUCUUCAGAAAGCUUUGCCCCUGAUUUUGGCUCAAAUAAGGGAUGAUGAUGGUAACACACUUCCAGAUAUCAAGGAGAUUUUGCUCAAUUUUGUGAAGUAUAACGACAAUUCUAACAACGAGUUUCAAGACGGCUACUACAUGCGCGACUUAUUAAGUGCUCUCACGGAUGCCGUUAUUCCAAUUAACGAAAAACGGAAACUCAUUGACUUCCAUCUUGAAAAGGAAGAGAAGUUAGGGUAUAAGUCAAACGAUGAGGAGUUUGUCAAUGAGGUAAUCGAAGAGAUCGAUAGGUUGCGGAAGAUCGAGGAGUGGGUUCCAUCUUACCAUAAUAUGGUGUAUGCCAGCUGCAUACGGCAGAAGACAAAGAUGGCCCGGAACAAUCUUUGUGAAUAUUCGUUUGAGGAUUUGAUCAAGUUCACGACUCCUAAUAAUGCUGAAGAGAUUAGACUUGCCGCAUUUGAGGGCCUUCUACUUCUAGGAGGGCUCAAGGUCUGGGAGAUUCUCAGGUAUUUCCUUUAUUCCCUUUGCUUGGAUAAUACCACGAGGCAUUUCAGAAUCAAGAUGGUUGAAGCUCUUCAAAAGACGAUCUGUGAAGCUGCAGUGCACGGUAUCCCCUCCGUCAUAGAUGAUCCGGAGUUCGACUCAUUGAACAAAUUGUUCAAUGCGAAUAAGAGUUAUCUGAAUCCGAAUAACAUGAUUGUGGUUGAAGAGUCUCAAAAUACGGAGGUGAGCUCGAGGAGAGAUGCUUUGGCGCGAGCCUCGAUUGAGGGUACGGUAAUCCUUCUUAGACGGGAUUAUGGUAUAGGAAAAGGUCUCAAGAAAGCGCUUUGGAAAUUGAUUCAUUCUUCAUUGCUAGGAUUAAGAGAGAGGCGUGUUAUAUUUGGCUUGUGUGAAAUCCUCUACUUCGAAAAGGAUGCUUACUCAAUUGACAUACCCGUCCCUUUCGUUCCACUUGAGGAGUUGAAAAAGAAGAUUGUUGCAAGGAAUCUCGGUGAGGGCUCCGUGGUCAUCAAACGUGAGGGUAGAUUUACAAUUCAGCUCUCUACCAAGAUCCUGUUAACUGAUACCAAGAAGGAGAAAGCCGAAAGGACCCGUCCCUCGCUGGAGAGACAUAACCGCAGGUCAACUACUUCAUUUGACCAAGAAGUUCCUGCCGCAGAGCCUAAGCUCAAACUCAAACUCGGCCGCCUGGAGAGCAAGGUUGAACCCAGUGUUACUGAAGUUGAACCAGCAAAGAUUGUGACGAGAGAUGCUAAAAACAACAUGAAUAUCAAAAUGAGAUUUUCUCGCAGAAGUCUCACGGAAAUAACGACUUCGAGAAGAAGGAGGAAGAAUGUGUUACUUAGCGAUACCUUUGUCACUAUCAAGUUCUUCCGUCCAGACAAUCUUGACAUGUUCAGGUCGCCCGGCGGUUUCAAGAAAGCGACGGAGAAUCUUGUCACAGAAGCUUUGCCAACCAAGAAGGAUCAAACCGCUGCUCACUCUGAUCAAACAUCAAAUGAGCAGGACUCUGCGGCUACAGAAGAGGGCAAAGACGUCAGGAGGUAUGUGAAGAUUCAAUCUGGUAGGGUUACCUUAUCGGAGACCCCAUUUGACGAUUCUCGCACUGACAACUCCAAUGGGAUGAAUAACAAUGGGGAACAAGAAGCAAACAACAAUUGUCAUGACGCAAAUGGCCAGAAUACCAAGGAAAAUGACUCAAGCCAGGCGGUGAAGCGAGAAAGCCCUUCGCCUAAAAUUCAGACGCACAGUGAUCUGGCGGUCCCCGCCGGUCCUUCAAGUGUUGCAUCAAGAGAAGGACUGACUGAGCCGAGAGAACCAUUUUCCAAAACUGCUAGCCCCGUUGGUGGUGAUCAGCAAGGACCAAAGAGAAAGAAGGCCAAAAUCUACAUUCACGACGGAAGCAAGAGUCACAGUCGCACCGGCUCCCCAGCAUCUAAUUCUGCCGAGCCUGAGGUCAAACAGGAGGCCAGUGAAAAGGUCGAUGAGAACCCAAACAAAGAGGACAAACAGGAAGAAGCGCCAAAGCCCAAACCCAAACUCUCCCUCAAGUUGACGCUUAAAUAA